UGUGUCCUGGGCCAUGUAGACUCGGACAGGACAGCGCGCAUACAUAUUUAAAGCGACACAGACACUUUGAGUAAACAGUCGUAAAAUAGUUUGGGCUAUAUUUGUAAAUCGAUUUUUCCUUUUGUGUGUGUGUGUGUGUGUUAUUUUUAACUUUAUAUCACUGAUCAUGGACCAAGAAACCGAGAGGAACACAAUGAUGGAGUUUUGGAAAGAACACUCCAAGUUCGCAACGGUAGAGGAGAUGAUGUUAGACUCUAACGCCCAGGAACUGACCCAACACGAGCUGCCAGAGAUCCUGUCCAUGCUGCCCUGUCUGGCUGGGAUUGAUAUGCUGGAACUUGGUGCUGGAAUUGGUCGUUACACGCGUCACCUCAUUGGCAAGGCCCGUCAUGUGACCGCAGUGGACUUCAUGGAGAAAUUUGUUGAAAAGAACAGACAGGACAAUAGUCACCGUGGCAACGCUGAGUUCAUUCAAGCUGACGUCACAAAGCUGGAGUUUCCUAAACACAGUUUUGACCUGAUCUUCUCUAAUUGGCUGUUGAUGUAUCUGAGCGAUCAGGAGCUUCGGUCAUUGGCUGAGAAGAUGCUCGGCUGGCUCCGCCCAGGAGGGUACCUGUUCUUCAGAGAGUCUUGCUUCCACCAAUCAGGUGACAGCAAGCGAGAUUUUAACCCCACCCACUACAGAACUCCCGCCCACUACAAUCACCUGAUGACAUCGGUGGUCCUAGACGAAUCAGAUAAGAUGGGAAAGAAAUGUUAUGGUUUUGACAUGGUGCUCUGCAAAACAGUUCAGACCUACAUCAAGAUGAAGAAGAACCAGAACCAGUUGUGUUGGCUGAUGCAGAAAUCUCGUCGUGAUGUGGUGGAGCAGCAUCAGGGCAGUUUCACCACCUUCCAGCAGUUCCUGGAUAACCAGCAGUACACACGCAGAGGAAUCUUACGGUACGAGAAGAUGUUCGGCUCUGGAUACGUCAGCACAGGAGGACCCAGCACCACCAAGGAGUUUGUUGACAUGCUAAACCUGACCGCGGGACAGAAAGUUCUAGAUGUUGGCUGUGGAAUUGGAGGUGGAGACUUCUACAUGGCAAAGACUUUUGGUGUGGAGGUUCUGGGGAUGGACCUGUCAUCAAACAUGGUGGAGAUCGCCAUGGAGAGAGCCGUCAAAGAGAAACUUCCUUUAGUGCAGUUUGAGGUGUCAGAUGCCACAAAGAGAAGAUUUCCUGAAGCCACGUUUGAUGUUGUUUACAGCAGAGACACGAUUCUGCACAUCAGUGACAAACGUGACCUCUUCACAAAGUUUUAUUCAUGGCUGAAGCCGGGUGGGAAGCUUCUGAUCAGCGAUUACUGCUGUGGAGAGAAGCCCUGGUCUCCAGUGUUUCAGGAGUAUGUGAACCAGAGAGGAUACAUCCUCUACACACCACAGCGAUACGGACAGUUCUUAAGUGAGGUGGGAUUCACUAAUGUUAAGGCUCUGGACAGAACAGAACAGUUUAUUCAGGUUAUAAAGUCUGAACUACAGCGAGCCGAGGAGAUGAAAGAGGAGUUUAUACAGGAGUUCUCUAAAGAAGACUAUGAUGCCAUCGUAAAUGGAUGGACUGAGAAACUACAGCGCUGUGAGACGGGAGAUCAACGUUGGGGACUGUUCUACGCCACCAAAGACUGAGAGAGAGAGAGAGAGAGAGAGAGAGAGAGAGAGAGACCAAUUCAACAAAUGAUCAAAUAAAAAUCACUACAGUAUAUUUCAGAUGCAGCUGUAAAUUAAGUAUAUUAUAUGUUCUGUCAAAUUCUGUGAACUGCAGGACAGUAUUGCACAAAUUGGCUAUUAGACCAACGUACUGCGACGCAUCAUACAUUAAUAAAUAAAAAUCCACGUUUUGAUCUGUA